AUGGCCGCCGACGCAGCCGAACUCCCGCCUAAUUCCGACGAGGAAUCACGUCAUUUGGACGACUUAGCAGCCAAUUUCUACACAUUAGUGUUCAUUACACCUUUUAUAGUAUUCUUUAUAGUCGUCUGGAAGCCUACGACCUUCCCGACUUUCAAAAUCGAGUCCCUCUCGUUUUCCGUACCCAACACGACAAACCACGACAGCUCACGGGUCACGGCCCAAUGGGAAUUAGGGUUUUCGGUCGAGAAUUUUCACGACGAUGACUCGUUCGGAGAUCUAAGCUCAUGGCUCCGGUGCACGACUCCCCAAUGGUCGGGAAAUUCCGUUAUUGCCCUUCACAAGGAAGAACAUGGGUCAAAUAAGGCUUUUGGGAAUGUGAGCUUCGACACGUGUACUGAGGACUAUAUCGAGUCGAAGGUGCUUGGGUGUGACGUGACGUUCAAAGGCUAUUACGAUGAUAAAUUUGUGAUCACGGCCGAGUGCAAUAAUGUGACGGUCGAGAUCGAGGGUGGCUGCCGAGGGAUCAUGAUCGGAGGGCCCAAAUCGUCGCAUGGCUCCGGUGCACGAGCACGACUCCCGAAAUGGUCGGGAAAAUCCGGGAUUGCCCUUCACAAGGAACUCGGCCACAAGGCUUUCGGGAAUGUGAGCUUCCACACGCCGUGGGCCCGUGAGGAUUUCGAGUCGAAGGUGCUCGGGUGCGAAGUGACGUUCAAAGGUAAUUACGAUGAGAAUGUGAUCAUGGCCGAGUGCAAGAAUGUGACCACUUCCUUCCCGACUUUCACAAUCGAGACUCUCUCGGUUUCCGUGCCCAAUAACACGGCCACGGCUCGAUGGGACUUAGGGUUUUCGGUCAAGAAUAUUAAGCUUCACAACGAUAGUUCAAUUGGAGAUCUAAGUGCAUGGCUCGGCCGAUGCACGGGCCCCGAAUGGUUGGGAAAAUCCGGGAUUGCCCUUCACGAGGGUUUUGGUAACGUGAGCUUCGACGCGCCGUGGGCCCGUGAGGACUACAUCGAGUCGAAAGUGCUCGGGUGUGACGUGACGUUCAAUGGUUAUUACAAAGAUAAUUAG